UUCCCUAACCCCGUCCCCCUCUUAAACCCUCUCCCAUUUCUCGCGUUCACCAACGACCCCCUAUUUGCUGUUCCUUCUUUUAUUUUUUACUGCAAAUUUUUAAUUUUUUGAUCGAUUCAUAACAUUCUAUCUCAGCUCUCGCAUAAACACUGUUAAUUGAGUGGUUGUUUGAGAAAUGUGAAUGUAUUCCUCCCUUUGACAAGAAAAACGAUUGAUAAUGGCUUCUAGAGCAAUUUUAAGAAGGCAGAGAUUUAUUUCUGAUUACCUGAAUGCCUCAUCACGAUCAGUCCAGACCUUCCAGUGUCUUGGCCAUCCUGCACAGAAGUUGGAAUCACGUGGUUAUGGAUCUACUGUGGACCAUCCAUCUGAAGAUUUUAAUCGUGUAAAGAAACUGGAUGUAAAUUCAGUUGCGAAACAGGGUUUACUGGGUUUUUCAGGAUUGGGAUACUUUAGUUAUAGAUUUCAAGGAAUAUCAGUUUUAGGUCUUGGAAGUGCAAGAUUCCAAUUCAAUUCUCCAUUGAGUGUCAGAUUGAUGCCAUAUUCUGUUCGUCGUGCUUCAACAGCUACCGCUAAGCAAAGUGAACUGGGUAGUGAUGAUGAGGGCAAUGAAGAAUUGGUUGCUCAAAAGAGAAAGGAAGCAUCUCCAGAAGAAUGUGAUCAAGCUGUUGAAGGUUUGAGUACUGCUAAAGCCAAAGUGAAGGCUAAACGGUUGCAAGAUUCUCAGAAGGUUGCCAAAUCCGUUUUGCAAAGAGUAUGGGCCACAAUUCUUGGGAUUGGUCCUGCUUUAAGAGCUGUAGCUUCUAUGAGCAGGGAGGAUUGGGCAAAGAAACUUGUUCAUUGGAAACAUGAAAUUCGGUCAACUUUGCAACAUUAUUGGUUGGGUUUUAAGCUACUUUGGGCCGAUGUUAGGAUCAGCUCAAGAUUGCUGCUAAAGCUGGCUGGUGGUAGAAGUCUAUCUAGAAGGGAGAGGCAACAGUUGACUCGAACUACUGCCGAUAUUUUUAGGCUAGUUCCAUUUGCAGUUUUUAUCAUAGUCCCAUUCAUGGAAUUUCUUCUGCCUGUUUUCUUGAAACUGUUCCCUAAUAUGUUGCCAUCGACCUUUCAAGACAAGAUGAAAGAGCAGGAAGCACUGAAAAGGAGGCUCCAUGCAAGAAUAGAAUAUGCCAAGUUUCUUCAAGAUACAGUCAAAGAAAUGGCAAAGGAGGUUCAAAAUUCAAGGAGUGGAGAAAUUAAGAAGACUGCUGAAGAUCUUGAUGAAUUUUUGAAUAGGGUCAGAAGGGGUGCUGGUGUAUUAAAUGAGGAGAUUCUUGCCUUUGCCAAGCUGUUUAAUGAUGAACUCACUCUGGAUAACAUCAGCAGGCCCCGAUUGGUAAAUAUGUGCAAAUAUAUGGGAAUCAGCCCCUUUGGAACAGAUGCAUAUUUGCGUUAUAUGCUUCGGAAGAGACUCCAGUGGAUCAAGAAUGAUGACAAGCUGAUUCAAGCUGAGGGUGUGGAGUCCCUAUCAGAAGCUGAACUUCGUGAAGAUUGUAGGGAGCGAGGCAUGCUUGGAGUGUUCUCAGUAGAUGAAAUGCGUCAACAGCUUCGAGAUUGGCUGGAUUUGUCUCUAAAUCACUCAGUCCCUUCUUCCCUUUUGAUUCUUUCUAGGGCCUUCACUGUAUCAGGAAAGCUGAACCCAGAAGAUGCUGUUCGAGCUACCCUUUCUUCUUUACCUGAUGAAGUUGUGGAUACUGUUGGUGUUACAGCUUUACCAUCUGAAGAUUCUGUUUCAGAAAGGAGAAGGAAGCUGGAGUACCUUGAGAUGCAGGAAGAACUGAUCAAGGAGGAGGAAGAGAACGAAGAAGAAGAGCUGGCUAGGAUGAAAGAAUCUAAAGCUAGUGAAGAGGAUGUGGCACUUAAAGAGAUGACUAUCCCAACUGCUAGAGAAGCACAAGAACAGGCUGUAGCUAGAACAUUGGAAAAACGAGAGCAGCUCUGUGAACUCAGUCGUGCAUUGGCUGUUUUAGCUUCAGCAUCUUCUGUAAGCAGAGAGCGUGAAGAGUUCCUGGGUCUUGUCAACAAGGAGAUAGAACUUUAUAAUAGCAUGGUAGAGAAAGAGGGCACAGAUGGUGAAAAGGAUGCCAUUAAGGCAUAUAAAGCUGCACGGGAGGAAAGUGACCAUUCUAGUGAAGUGUCUGAAAGUGAUGAGAUUUCUUCAGCGCUUAUUGAAAAAGUUGAUGCUAUGCUCCAAAAUCUUGAGAAGGAAAUUGAUGAUGUAGAUGCAAAAAUAGGUGAUCGCUGGCGAUUACUUGACAGAGAUCAUGACGGUAAAGUCACGCCUGAGGAGGUGGCUGCUGCUGCUAUAUACUUGAAGGAUACAUUGGGCAAGGAGGGGGUACAAGAACUCAUCAGCAGUCUUUCCAAAGAUAGAGAUGGCAAAAUUCUUGUGGAAGACAUUGUCAAAUUGGGCAGUCAGACAGAAGAUGAAAAUAGCGUUGAGGAGGGGAGAAUGUAGAAAUUAUAGUCGAGAUUACAUUAGUCCUUUUUGGACUCCUUAAAACAUUUUGUACUUAGCAUUAGUUGGUCAAAUUCAUAUCUUGGCACGGUUCUUUUUGGAAAUGAUGCUGGACCAAAUCUUGAUGGUUUGAGUUCCAAUGGUCAGUUUUUGUAGACCUUGGCUUUAUGCAUAAUAGUUCUUUAAGGUCAGUUAUAAAGAAGCUGAUUUUACUCUUCCCA